UCCACUUUCCUAGCUGGGGUGCCUUAUCUGGCCUCAAUGGGAAAGGAUGCACUUAGUUCUGAGGCAAAUUGGACAUAAUACAAUUUAAAAGUCUGCAACCGUGGACAAGAAAUAUGAGAAAUUAUUGAUUAGCUUGGAGAGCCACAUGUACAACACAUCAUCCUGGAAUGGAGGAUCUUUCUGUGGAGCUCACACUGGUUUGAAUUCAGCAUGCUGCUGCCACAGGUCCUGGGGCUCAUUUUCUAAUGUCAUGGCUGACUCUAAGAUCACUUUAACUACAAUCAAAAUCCAACAUCCUGUCAGAACUCACCAAUGGAACAAAAAAAAGAAAAACAUUCAGGAAGGUGACACUCCAUUUUAUGCUCAUCACCCCCAAACACCAAAUGCAACUUGCAUGGGGUAAAUGAUGGAUUAUUUUCAAUCCUUCAAAUAUCAAAAGGAACAUGAACUAAAGCAUCACUUCUAUUGGAAUCAUAAAUGACUUGAAAAAUGCAGUCUUUUAUUGGAUAUUGGCCAUUUUCCUCCACAUCUUAAACCAUCUCAAGAAAUCACCAUCUAUCUUUGCAAUUGUCUCUGAUUUGCUGCUACUGCAAUUUAUGUUUUCAAAAUGAUAGUGGAAAAUAUAACCGCAAUGAGUGGAUUCCUCCUCAUGGGGUUCUCUGACAACCGUGAGCUACAGAUCUUUCGUGCUUUGCUCUUCUUGGUGACAUACCUAUUGGGCUCAGCAGGGAACUUCAUCAUUAUCACCAUCACAACACUGUACCCACAGCUCCAGUCUCCAAUGUAUUACUUUCUGAAGCACCUUUCCAUUCUGGACCUCUCAUCUCUCUCUGUCACCGUCCCCCAGUAUGUUGACAGUUCCCUGGCACAGAGUGGCUACAUUUCAUAUGGACAGUGCAUGCUACAGAUUUUUUUCUUCACAGCUUUUGCCUGGGGUGAGAUGGCCAUUCUCACAGUGAUGUCUUAUGACCGCUAUGUGGCCAUCUGCCUCCCACUGCACUAUGAUGUCAUCAUGAGUCCCAGAAAGUGCACUUGGGCUGUGGCAGCUGUGUGGCUAAGUGGAGGUAUCUCAGGAACGCUAUACACAGCAAGUACACUCUCUAUCAGAUUCUGUGGGGACAAAAUAAUUCACCAGUUCUUCUGUGAUAUCCCCCAGUUGCUCAAGCUCUCCUGCUCUAAUGACGACCUUGUAAUAACGGGCAUGGUUAGUUUCAUGUCUGCAGUGUCCUUUGCCUGCUUCACUGGGAUUGUCAUCUCCUAUGUCCACAUAUUCUCCACCGUUUUCAGGAUGCCCUCUGCUGAAAGCAGGUCUAAGGUCUUCUCUACUUGUCUGCCCCAUCUUUUUGUCGUCUCAUUGUUUGUUUCUACAGGUGCCUUUGCAUAUCUAAACCCAACCUCAGACUCUUCAACUGUUUUAGAGUUCUUGCUCUCUAUCUUUUACACAGUACUACCUCCAACUCUCAACCCUGUUAUUUAUAGUCUGAGAAAUGAGACGAUAAAGAGUGUUGUAAGGAAGUUACUGUUGAGAACAAAAUUCACUGUUAGAACCAUUUUUUCCUAUUGUUUCUGACUGUUCAAUUAUACACAAGAAUGUUUAUAGUCAUUGGGAUUCCUUCAAACUGUAAUGUUAAUGAAGAGUAAUGUUUUGUUUUGUUUUCUUAUAAACUACAUUGU